AUGAGUGUUCAGUCGGAUAUAUUAAGCCUUAUUAUUAAUGAAAGUGAACCUUUGAUAUCUCCUGAUAUCAAAAAAAAAUCACAUAUGUCAUGGAUUAUGGCUGCAGGACUUAUUGUUAAUGCAGCAAUGGGUGUUGUUGUACUUUUGGUAAUUGGUGCAUAUGCUAUUUUAUUUGUAUGUUGUGAUCAAUCAACAUCAUCUUUUGAAAAAUUUGUUCUUAUAAAAUGUGGAAAAAUAUGGCAAAGAGUUUGUUCUGUUUGCAUUAUUUUAUAUAUGUAUGGCUUAAGUAUAACAUAUUUUAUUAUUAUUGGUGAUCAACUAGAUCGAUUUUUGACAUUUGCUGUUGGGGAACAUUAUUGUUCUCAUUGGUAUCUUGAUCGUCGAUUAAUGAUUAUCAUUACAUCAAUGUUCUUAGUUUUUCCUUUAUGUUUUUCAAAGACAAUUAAAUUUCUUCAAGUUCCAAGUAUGCUUGGUGUAUUAGCAAUAAUUUAUGUUGUUAUAAUGGUACCUAUUCAAUAUUUUCUUCAUCCUCCAACAGAUGUUAUUAUUAGAAAAAGUCCGGAAUCAUGGACAGAUAUUUUUUUAGUUUUGCCAACCAUGUGUUUUUCUUAUCAAGCUCAUGUAAAUGCUGUACCAGUUUUUGUAUCAUUAAAAACUCGUGCUGAUUGUUUUAAAGCAACAUUAGCAUCAACAAUUGUUUUAGUUUGUAGUUAUUGUUCAGUAGCUGUUUGUGGUUAUCUUACAUUUGGAAUAACUGUUGAUCAUGAUAUAUUAAUGUCUUAUGAUCCUAAAUUAGCACCUGUUCUUGUUGCAGUUAUUAUGGUUGCAAUAAAAACUUAUACAGCAUAUCCAGUAAAUUUAUUUUGUGGCAGAACUGCAAUUGAUUCAUUUUCUACAAAGCAUGAAGAACAUACAAUAAAACAUCGUAUUAUAAUUGUUUGUUUAUGGUUUUUUACAACAUUAGCUGGAGCAGUUUUUUUACCGAAUAUAUCAUUAGCAAUACAUUAUUUAGGUGCACUUGCAGCAAGUUUUAUUUUUAUUUUUCCAGGUCUUUGUUUAUAUUUUCAUAUUGAAGAAAAAUGGAUAUAUUCAUGGCAAAAUAUAUGUUCAAUUAGUAUAGCAAUUUUUUAUGUUGCUAUUGGUGUAUUUGUUACAUUAUUAACUUUAGUACAAUCAUUAAUGACGGAUACAAGUGCAAAAGGAAGUACUAAUAGAAAAAUAUGUUAA